CAAGUUCCGCUGCUCCCGCCGUCGCACAGGCGCGUGGUGGAGCCGCUGCUGCCACCGCCUUUUCCCCGCCUCCUCCUCCUCCUCGUCCCGCUGUCCCGGCCCCUUCCCCUGCGCCCGCCGGGCCGCCGGCCCGGCCAUGGCCACCAAGAAGGCGGGCUCGCGGCUGGAGACGGAGAUCGAGCGGUGCCGCUCCGAGUGCCAGUGGGAGCGGAUCCCCGAGCUCGUCAAGCAGCUCUCGGCCAAGCUCAUCGCCAACGAUGACAUGGCAGAGCUUCUUCUUGGGGAGUCCAAAUUAGAACAAUUUUUGAAGGAAAAUGCUCUUAAACAGAGCAGUAGUCCUCGGGGCCCCCGGCCAAAGCUGACUGAAGUCAGGAAACAUCUCACUGCAGCACUUGACAGAGGGAACCUAAAGCCAGAAUUCUUACAAGAAGCUAACCUAAUUAUGGCCAAGUUAAACUAUGUGGAAGGUGAUUACAAAGAAGCUCUGAACACCUAUGCCAGAGUCGGAGUAGAUGACUUGCAGCUAGCUGCAGUGCCACCAUAUAGGCUAAGAAUGAUUGCUGAAGCAUAUUCUACUAAGGGUCUCUGUCUUGAGAAGUUGCCAAUUUCUUCUUCAGCUAGCAACCUCCAUGUGGACCGUGAACAAGAAAUUGUUACUUGCUAUGAGAAGGCUGGGGAUAUUGCUCUCCUGUACCUUCAGGAGAUAGAAAGGGUAAUUAAUACCAAUUUACAAAACAGGAGUCCUAAGCCAGGGCCCACUGCACAGGAACAAGAACUUGGCUUUUUCUUGGAAACAGGACUUCAAAGAGCACAUGUUUUGUAUUUCAAGAAUGGGAACUUGACAAGAGGAGUUGGUAGAUUUAGAGAGAUACUAAGAGCUGUCGAAACAAGAACUACACAAAAUCUGCGAAUGACAAUAGCAAGACAAUUAGCUGAAAUUUUGUUACGAGGCAUGUGUGAACAGAGUUACUGGAAUCCCCUGGAAGACCCUCCUCACCAGUCACCCCUAGAUGAUCCACUUCGGAAAGGUUCAAAUACAAAGAAUUAUGCACUCAGUAGAAGACCACGGGUAUACACUGGAGAAAACAUCUUUUGUCCUCAAGAAAAUACAGAAGAAGCCUUAUUAUUGCUGCUUAUUAGUGAAUCUAUGGCUAACCGUGACGCUGUACUGAGCAGAAUACCAGAACACAAAAAUGAUCGUAUCAUCAGUUUGCAAAGUGCAUCUGUAGUCUACGAUUUGCUUACAAUAGCCUUGGGAAGAAGAGGCCAAUAUGAAAUGCUAUCAGAGUGUUUAGAAAGAGCCAUGAAGUUUGCCUUUGAAGAGUUCCAUCUCUGGUAUCAAUUUGCGUUGUCCUUGAUGGCAGCAGGAAAAUCUGCUCGAGCAGUUAAAGUCUUGAAGGAAUGUAUCCGUUUGAAACCAGAUGAUGCAACCAUUCCACUCCUUGCUGCAAAGCUCUGUAUGGGAUCUCUCCACUGGUUGGAAGAAGCAGAAAGAUUUGCCAAAACUGUUGUUGAUCUUGGGGACAAAACAUCAGAGUUCAAAGCAAAAGGCUACUUAGCACUGGGAUUGACUUACAGCCUGCAGGCUACUGAUGCAUCUUUGCGAGGGAUGCAAGAGGUCUUGCAGAGAAAGGCUCUUCUUGCAUUUCAGAGGGCUCACAGUUUGUCUCCAACAGAUCAUCUGGCAGCAUUUUACUUGGCACUGCAGCUUGCCAUAUCCAGACAGAUACCAGAAGCUUUAGGUUAUGUUCGUCAGGCUCUGCAACUACAAGGAGAUGAUGCCAACUCUCUUCAUCUCCUUGCACUCUUGCUAUCAGCACAGAAACACUAUCAUGAUGCUUUGAAUAUCAUUGAUAUGGCCUUGAGUGAAUAUCCAGAAAAUUUUAUAUUACUGUUUACAAAAGUCAAAUUGGAAUCCCUGUGCAGAGGCCCGGAUGAAGCACUCCUUACAUGUAAACUCAUGCUUCAGAUUUGGAAAUCCUGCUAUAAUCUCACUAACCCAAGUGAUUCCGGACGUGGGAGCAGCCUGUUAGACAGAGCUAUUGCUGAUAGACGGCAGCUUAAUACAAUUACCUUACCAGAUUUCAGUGAUCCUGAAACAGGCAAUCCAUCAGAUGCUUACUUUCAUGGGGUUUACUCCCUUUUUUCAGUUUGUUCAGUCCAUGCCACAUCAAUAGCAGCUUCCAGAGUGGAGCAAGCAUUGUCUGAGGUUGCUUCAUCUUUGCAAAGCAGUGCCCCCAGACAAGGUCCCCUGCAUCCUUGGAUGACUCUGGCUCAAAUCUGGCUUCAUGCAGCUGAAGUCUACAUAGGAAUUGGGAAGCCAGCUGAGGCCACAGCGUGUACCCAGGAAGCGGCUAAUCUCUUUCCGAUGUCGCACAAUGUUCUCUACAUGAGAGGUCAGGUGGCUGAACUUCGUGGAAAUAUCGAUGAAGCCAAACGAUGGUAUGAAGAGGCCUUAUCUAUUAGUCCUACCCAUGUGAAGAGCAUGCAGAGGCUGGCUCUGAUACUGCACCAGCUAGGGCGCUACAGCUUGGCUGAGAAGAUACUCCGCGACGCUGUCCAGGUGAACUCCACAGCCCACGAGGUCUGGAAUGGGCUAGGGGAGGUGCUGCAGGCCCAAGGCAAUGACGAUGCUGCAACCGAAUGCUUCCUGACAGCACUGGAGCUGGAAGCGAGCAGUCCAGUAGUCCCUUUCACCAUCAUUCCCAGAGUCCUUUGAGAGGGUAUCUUGAUAAAUUUAUCUUGAUCUGACCCCUGGGUGAGGAAACCCAGUGUAUGAGACUGGCUGGUAACUGGUUAGUUUGGAAAAAUGUAGAGCUACAGGUAACGAACUCCAGUUUCUUGUGGGGAAAGUGGCCAAAACAGUGACAUGAUGCAAUAUAUUAAUGUUAGACUGAGCGGACAAAAUGGCUAACCGGAACAAAAUCACUCAUAUCGCCUACACUUUUGCCCUGGUAGUUUUAAAACAUCGUUAUAUUGUUCAUGGAUGAUGUGCCAUAUUUUGUUAGUGAUAUUUGAUUGUUACAUAAAAUUAUAAUGAAAUCAACUACCAAACGUAGAAUAAUAUAUUCAAGUUAAAAUUCAGUGGCAGAGCAGACUAUUUUUAACAAGGUUGUUAUGAGAACUGUUCUCUUCCUGCCUCUCAACCUCUUUUGGCCCAAAGUCAAAAUGUGAAUUUUCUGUUUCCAUCUCUGUUUUAGUCCAGUCCAGAAAAGAGUUCCUCUUUUUAGUUGUUAAUAACUGUGAUGUGUGGCUAACUGUUAUCUCUAUUUAGAACAAAGGCUGAGUACAAGAAUAUUUAUAUUUUACUGAUGUAUGCCUGUUACAAAAAUAUAUUAGUUAUUUAAGUUUAACUUUUUUAUGUGAAUUCAGAGUUUAUUUAUCAAUGGAAAUAUGUAAAAAGAAGCCUCAAAUGGAAUAUUUACCGACAUUCCUUAUACAUGACCCACACUUGGCUAAAUUGGAAGAUUAUGUUAAUAAUAAAAUGAUUUUUAAAUGGA